UUCUUUCAGUGAGAGAAAUCACAAACCUAACCACAAAACCCUAGCACUGUAAGCCUACACCACCGCCACAAGGAGGGGCAUACUGCUGCCGUCCGUCGCACUCAAAGUUCGCCAUCCGUCAUCUAGCUUCCCUCGUGCUCCAAGUCUUCAACCCCUGUUCGCUGUCACCGAGCGCGGUUGCUUCCUCGAGCUCGGCGUCCGUCGUCUUUGUCUGCUCAGCCACGCUUCCGUCGCUGUUUGUUUGCCGUUCACGUUCGCGUCUUCGUUCGCGUUCUUCGUCGUUCGCGUUCGCUCGGCGUUCACCGUUCGCGUUCACUCGUUGUUCACCGUUCGAGUUCGCGUUCGUCUGGAAGCCACGUUGCUCUGCUUCAAACUCUGCGACCAACCCGCGUGCUCCACUCGUCGAACUGCUCUCUGUUGUCCCCGCCGUGAGUUCCCUAAACCAGCCACCAGACAAUACACUCACACAACAGACAACACCAAUACUCAUCUUCAAACUCUGCAACUUCUAAUUUCUACUACAAUAAGAUCAAGAUUGUUAUGAGCUUUCAGCUGAGUAUGAAAGGAAGCAUAAGACUGAGAAGUUGGAGGAACUUGGGAAUAUGCUAACUGGUCUUGAUGCUGGGGAUUCUAUUGUCAUUGCCAAAUCAUUUUCCCACAUGCUUAAUUUGGCUAACUUGGCAGAAGAAGUUCAAAUUGCCUACCGAAGAAGGAUUAAGCUAUUAAAGAAGGGCGAUUUUGCUGAUGAGAACUCUGCCAUCACUGAAUCUGACAUUGAAGAAACCUUCAAGAGGCUUGUGACUGAACUGAAAAAGUCCCCACAGGAAGUGUUUGAUGCUUUGAAGAAGCAAACUGUAGAUUUGGUCCUAACUGCUCAUCCCACUCAGUCCGUUCGUCGAUCUCUGCUGCAAAAGCAUGGAAGGGCUGGAAGGAUACCAUAGUCAAGCAAGAUCAGUCUCAUGAGAACCAAUCAGAUAUGAGAAGAAGAAGAAGAAGGCUAUUGCUAUUUUUUAAGGCCUUUAGGCAUAUCUAUCUAGAGUGGAAGCAUGUUAUGACAUUUCCUUUUUUUUUUUUUUUCUAUCUUUUAGGUGAUUAUUCUUUACGUGAGAACUAGUUCAGGAACACAAUAAUCUAAUAUAUUAUUCUUUAUUAUUAAAGUUUAAGGGGCAGAACAUCUUUUAGUUAAUAAUAUCUGUUACAUAGUGCUAAAACUAUGUGGUUCAAUGAUUGUGAACUAGUAGCAUAUAUGUGUUUUAAAUUGGGAGGAAUCCAAUGAUUGUAUUUAUUUUUUCA